AUGCAUGAUCCUCUACCCCCUUUUGCACUGCUCGUUACGGACGAAGAACGGGAGGGGAAGGCAGAAACAUCUCGGCCUGGCACAUAUCACGUCAUCGUCAUCCCGGAGAGUUUUACGCAUCUUCCGGAGUACAUUGAGAAUGCAGCUGAGGAAGAACUCGGAGAUACAAUCCCAAGCCCCUUGUGCGGGAACAUUGAGACUGCCCAACUCACAAACAAUCUGGGGCUUGGAGAUUCCAACGUGGUCAUCCUGAGACAAUUUAAAGAUUCCAAACGGUCAUCGUCCUCUCAGUGUCCGAGUGCAAGCCAUUCACCCACAUCCGACUUGCGCGAGUCUUCACUUUCCGCAGUCACAAUUGAUGCGACAUCUCAAAAUGCCGCAGAUGAUUAUCCAAUUCUGGACAUGUUGGAGCAGGAGAGUCUCGAGGCGAUUCUUCUCAGUCAUUUUCGCGAUGUGGUGUGGAUGCAACUCGUCCCAGCCAGAGGGAUCUUCAACUUUGCGGGUGAGAAUGCACUCGACGUCGAUGUCUUCGACCGCGAAGCCACAAACUUUCCUCCUGUAAGAUUUGCCAUUCCCUAG